AUGCACCAUCGCGGCACGCUGUGCACACGUAGAAUGAUGCUGUACUUUAAGGAAACGCCUCUACUGAAAUUAUGUGGAAUGGCGAGAAUCUCGCGCCGCUAUAUCGCUUGCGUGGGACCGCGAUUAGGACUGCGUAGCUACUGCAGUCGUGAACGCUCCACGGGUGCGGCUGUCGCGUAUGCGGGCAGAUACCGUCGAGUGGAACGACAGCUCAUAGGAUUCAACCGCCUUUUACGCGGAUACCGCACGCGCAGGUCUCACUGUGCAGGUGCCUCUGUCGCACGUCAAGCUGGCGCGCCUCCACACGCCGGCACGGCUACUCACGUGCCAUGGAACAACGACGGCACUCCAGAGAGUGAGUUUCUGUGGAUCUACCUGCACAAAUCCGAAGUUCGCUUCUUAGCGAAUGAGGGCACUUGCGCGGGCGGCGCGCACUGA